AUGGCUCGCGAUACCCGAGUCCGCCAAGCCGCCUCGUCCCUCGUCACACAGUUUCCCGCAAACGGGCGCAUCCCUUUCAAGCAGAUCCUGCAGGCGACCUGGGUGGCCACGGUCGCUCUCCUUCUCGGUGUUGCCUUUGUUUUGGGCAUCGUCUUCUCCUCCAACGGAAAGCCCACGAGCGGCAGCAUAUGGUAUCAGCAGACGCCGACGUUCAUCUCCCUGGGCGCCGUCGUGCUUCGAGGCUCCGUCGCCGCUCUCCUCGGCAUCGCGCUCUACCAAAACCUCUGGCAGAAUGUCGCCACGCAGGCCAGGUCCGUCAAGGAUGGGGUCGUCGAUGCAGGCCCGGAGGGCAUCCCGGUCAAGACGGUCGAGUCGCUGCACUUAGCUUCGCGGCUGGCCGUCGGCAUGCUGGCCCAUCCAUCCCUGAAAGCAGGCUGGGUGAUUGGCGUCCUGGGGCUCGCCGUGGCCUCUGCUGUCCAGCCUGUUUUACAGUCCGCCAUUGCCGUUCGACAGCAGAGGCAAAUUGUCCCCACGAGCUUGUCCAUAUACCACCCUCAGUUUAAUGGGUCGCUCGCCCAGAGCGACUCUGCGAUGAUGCAUGCAGGUGGCCCAACGACCAUAACGACCAGAUCGGCCCUCGCAGCUCUGAUGGGAGAGACCAGCGGACUUCGGUACACAGACGCCAAUGUCACGGGAGUGGCGCAUUUCGGGCCCAUCCACUACCUCGAUCUCAUCUGCAACAUUUCAGCCAUUCCCGGAACCGAAUCCAACCUAGCGGGCUGGGAUGUGUACAACUUCACCUACCGAUAUCCAGACACACCCUAUAUGGAUCAAUGGCAAAACAUAUCCAACAGCUUGUCCGAAGGUUUCGUAGUCUUAACGGCCUUGCUGUCAAGGGUAGAGGUGCAAGCCGUCUUGUUCAACAACACGCACUACCUAACGCACCAAUGCAUGGUCCAAACCGCUAUCGGGAGCUGCACGACUCAUCUCGCGGCUGGAAUCGGAAUCAUGGGCAAUCUGAGUUGCUCGAGGGACCAGUUUAUCAACCUCGACAGCGAUCUCAACAAGACCAUGUCGUAUUACGGACCGGCUGGCGCGGUGGUUGGUCUCACUGGCGCGUUUUUGGAGGCCUUUGUCGGGAAAGCACUGCCCGACAUACACAACAGACUGAAUCCUGGAAAAUCUUCGUUUGUGACGGCAGCUUUGGUCUCGGAUACGAAUUCAAAAUUUGUCAUGCCGUCAGACCUCGUGUCGCAUAUGCAGCGCGUGCUCUGGGUCACGCCCCUGCUCGCAAAGACCGGCACCACGCAGCAGGUGGCACCAAAUGUGACAAUGUCCGUCUCCGACGAGCGAAACGUCAUUGUCUACGAAAUUGACAAGCUGCGAGUCAUUGUAACGGUCGCUGUCCUCGUUAUCAUCAGUCUCGGAUGCUUGGUCUAUGUAUCUCUCCCUUGCAGUGCGGCGUGCGGGCGCCUUGCUAGAGACAGCUUGGUCCAUUCGCUCACGGUCGCGGGCCCGCACGGCCCGGCCAUCAGGAAUGCAUGCUUGGCUUCUCUGGACAAUGUGCUGGAGGCGGCGGGUGACGAGAAGCUCAAAUUCGGCGUGCUUAUAGAGGCGACGGACUUGGCGAGUGGACAUGUCGGCUUUGCGGAGCAGCCUCCUACGCCCGGAUCCCACAGUAGUAGACCAUUUACUAUGGUGGGAAGACCGGUCCUAGGAAGGUGGUAUGGGGGAAAGGCUAGCUUGUGA